AAAAUAAAAUGCUUGAAAGUUUGAAUGGGUGGUAGGUGGCUCUAUGGCGACUUUCUUUUAAGGUCGACUUCAAAAAGUAUUUGAACUUUUUGUGUGAACAAAAAGAAUCUGGAUUUGUUGUGGCUCUACAAAAAUAAUAUCCGGAUUAAAUAGUCUCGUAAACAAUCAAGUUUAAUGUCAAUCACCAUUAAACCAAAUUACGAUCGUAUAAAUAUAUGAGAUAUUGUUUACUUGAUGAAUAAUAUAAUUGUAUAAGUACUAUGUACACAUUCACAUGCCACAUAUACCUCAGAUUCUGACACCGACCAUUUAUUCUGUGCUCUCCCUCUUGUUCCUUGUUUUCUUCACUUCAUCAAUAUCUUUGAGUCGUAGUUAGUCUUGUUCACAUAAACAAACAAAAACAAGAAGCUUAGAUAUCGAUCAAUGAUGAAAGUGAAGGGAGGAACAAGACCACCAUGGGUAGGACUUGGAGCUGCAGUAUGGGUUCAAAUAGCAGUAGGAAAUUCAUACACAUUCCCACUUUACUCAACUUCUUUCAAAUCUGUUCUUGGUUUCAAUCAAAGUCAAGUUACUCUUCUUGGUGUAGCUAAUGAUAUUGGUGAAAAUGUUGGUCUUCUUCCUGGUAUUGUUUGCAACAAGUUCCCUCCUUGGCUUAUGCUUUUCAUUGGUGCUAUCUUCUCUUUCCUUGGUUUUGGUCUUCUAUGGCUCUCUGUUUCUCAAACACUUCCUUCUCUUCCUUAUCCUUUGCUAUGGUUUGCACUUGCUAUUGCUACCAACAGUUGUGCAUGGUUAACCACUGCCAUUCUUGUGACCAACAUGAGAAAUUUCCCUGUCAGUAGAGGCACAGUUGCCGGAAUAUUGAAAGGUUAUGGAGGGAUCAGUGCUGCAGUUUUCACAGAAAUCUACAGGGCACUUCUUCAUAAUUCUUCUUCUAAUUUCCUAUUGUUUCUUGCUGUCGGCAUUCCUGUUUUGUGCUUCACUGUCAUGUUUCUCAUUCGUCCUUGUACACCGGUUUCUGGUGAGAAUUCUUCAGAAAAAUGGCAUUUUGUUUUCAUUCAAUGUUCAAGUGUGGCUUUAGGUGUAUAUUUACUUGUAACAACCACACUUGAUUACAUUCUUCACAUAAAUUCCACUGUGUCUUAUGCUUUGGUGGCUUUGAUGAUUCUUCUUCUCAUGGCUCCUCUUGCUAUCCCUAUAAAGAUGACAUUGUUUCCUCAAAAAGUCACUGAAUCAGAAUUAUAUGAGCAAAGUGAAGGCAAAGAAGAAAACACAAAACCCCUUUUACAAUCUUCGUCGGCUACUGCACUUGGUAGUUUCUCCGAUGCUGGUGGUUUAUCUGAGGUUGAUUUACUUCUUGCUGAGGGUGAAGGAGCAGUAGUACCUUCAAAAAAGAGAAGGCCUAGAAGAGGGGAAGAUUUUACAUUUACUGAGGCAUUGGUUAAGGCUGAUUUCUGGCUGUUAUUUUUUGUAUACUUUGUCGGUGUUGGAACUGGUGUUACUGUUAUUAAUAAUCUGGCUCAAGUAGGUUCUGCUCAAGGUGUAGAAGAUAUCACCAUCCUACUCUCAGUUUUCAGCUUUUUCAAUUUUGUUGGUCGACUUGGUGGAGGAGUUGUUUCUGAACAUUUUGUCAGGACGAAAACAAUCCCGAGGACGGUUUGGAUGACAUGCACACAGAUAGUGAUGAUAAUCGUGUACCUUCUGUUAGCACAUGCCAUCAAAGGAACCCUUUAUCCAGCAGUUGGAUUUCUUGGCAUCUGCUAUGGAGUGCAAUUUUCCAUACUGAUUCCAACAGUUUCAGAGCUUUUUGGUUUGAAGCACUUUGGAUUAUUUUUCAACUUCAUGUCAUUAGGUAAUCCACUUGGUGCAUUACUUUUCUCGGCUCUUCUAGCAGGGCGUAUAUAUGACAACGAAUUGGCAAGGCAACAAGGUUUUGGUCUCAUUGCUGCAAGUGUUUCGUGUGUUGGUCCUGAUUGUUUUAAGGUCACAUUUUUGGUACUUGCUGCUGUUUGUGUUGCUGGUACCAUUUCGAGCAUUAUCUUGACUAUAAGAAUUAAGCCUGUUUAUCAAAUGCUUUAUGCUGGUGGUUCUUUUAGGUUACCUCAAAUGUCAUGCCAAUAAAGUAGAGUGAAGUUGAAUUGAAUAAUCAAUAAAGAAGAUCACUCCUUAGUUCAUAUUCAUUAAGUUUAGUUGCAAAGUAGAUCCUUAGCAUCUAGCUUUAUGGUACAGCCGACUGCAGAUCGUUAGAUUAAUAUCUUAAUCUAACUAAUCUGCAUCCAGUUGCAGAGGAUCCAUGUCCGGUUUAUUGAGGUGUGUUUCCUGGUGUGCUAUUACUGCAAUGCAUAUAAAUGGCUGAUCACCAGUAUUGCUAUUAGGCGAUAAAUUUUGGCUCCACGCGCAUGGAAUUACUGGCUUGGUGUAAUCAUGUUGAGAAUUUGGUAUUUGUUCACCUUGAAAAUGUGUUUUUAAGUAUGCAUGUUAGGUAGGGUUAUUGGAUUGACACUGAGAAGUGAGAAUGUUAAAUGAUCUGAUAUGUAAUCUUAUAUGAAUGUUAAAGAUUAAAGUGUUGUAAUAUUUCUUCUCCGAGAGAAAAAUGUAAAUUAUAUGUGGCAUGCCUUUUGCACAUUUAUAAGAUCAGUAUUGACUAUUGUUAGAAA